UCCUUUUUGUCAGGGCGUGUUUUUCGCUGCUCGCAAUCAUGGCGACCUACAAAGGGGCUCCUUUGGCUACUCAGCCAAAAACAUUAGAUCCAGCCGAAUACUUCAAUCUCUCACCUGAAUACCGACGGGCUGAGGAGAAGAGAGCGGCUCUGCGGGCACAGCUGAAGCGGCAGUAUCUGCAGCAGCUGAACAAUCCUCAUCGCAAAGAGCUGAUUGAGGAUCCUGCUCUUACACGGUGGACAUAUGCGCGCACCAAUAACAACUACUUCAGACCAACUGCUAAAACUUCAUUGAUUGGUGGCUUGUUUGGAGUUCUUCCUCUUUUCGUCUUGUAUGUUGUGUUUAAAACAGACCGGGACAAAAGGGAGGCAAAAAUGAAAGCAGGGACCUAUGAACGUCCCUACAAACUGUCAACCUGAUUAUUUUGGAAUUCGAUAUAUAUUGUAACGCAUAGUACUUGUAAUUAUAUAAUAAACAAAAUACUCUGUUGAAACUUGCCUUAACACUGUUAUUGAUGAAGAAAUAAGAAAUCACACAGUAUUUUUGUAAUGUCAUUUACAGUUUCUGCAGGUCUUAAAGGGAUAGUAUAAAAAACUACUCACCCACAUGUUAUUUGCUUUUUUGUAUUCCAAUACAAAUAUCUAAACAUCCUUAAAUCAAGAUACAUGAGAUGCAACUCAAAAUCCAAAAUGAAUACAUGACGUCUUUAUUUCCUGGAGGAAUUAUUAAAAUUGUGAUCUUACUGGUU